UUUUUUCUUUUUUGCAUCGCCAAUAGGGGGGGGGGCGUACCCCUCGGCCCCCUGAAUCCGCCUAUGCAGUAUAACAACCUUGCAUGGUAAAGGGAUUUAUUUUUUUGUCCAUUUAUUUGGGGCAUUGUAUACUGAGUGAUAUUUGUAGAGCGUUGUGGCCCAGUGGAUUAGUCUUCUGACUUUGAAACAGAGGGUCAUGGGUUCGAAUCCCAGCCAUGGCGUAAUUUCCUUAGCACAUUGCUCGGGUGACGUGAAUUGGUACCUGGCAUGAUUUUAUUCCAAGUCCUUUGUAAGCGCAUAGGGACGUUAUGCGCUAUAUAUAAGCCUAUAUAUAUAUAUCAUGAUAAUUGAUUUCGAUGGUUUGUGGUAUGGAAUUUGGGACACAGUUUACAGAUUUGAUUCACUUAGGUAAUCAGAAUGGGUAUUGACUGUUGCAAUUAUUAUUAUUUAAUGGAGUUGGUCCUGAAGAGUGGAAAAUAUAAAUUUUUUUCUUGCAGGUCUAUCAAAAUAUUUCAGAGUUUCUAGUGCACAAUUUAUUAGAAUGAGCACUCUGAUUAAUGCGUACACUUAAGUGGUAAGAAACAGAUGUAAGGGAGUGGAUGAGGGACCACUCUUAUACCCCUCAUGAUGGUUUCUUAACCUCAGACAAUUUCGUUAACCUCAUAAGUCUACUAUAAUUUUCCAAACACUUGAUUGGUAGUGAAGAUAAAGACAGAAAAGUAUUAUGAAUUAACUAAUGCGAUGUGUUUAAAGAGAUUUUCUAAUUGAAUUUCUUUCUUGUUGAUUUGGUGGCUCUGAAAAGAGCCGUUUGAGUUUUUAAGGCAAGAUGAAGCAUUUACUUCUUCUUGGGGAGGAGGACAGCCUGGAUGUUGGGGAGAACACCACCCUGGGCGACGGUUACUCCGCUCAUCAGCCUGUUGAGCUCCUCAUCGUUGCGGAUGGCGAGCUGAAGGUGACGGGGGAUGAUCCUGCUCUUCUUGUUGUCGCGGGCGGCGUUGCCGGCGAGCUCGAGGAUCUCAGCAGUCAGGUACUCGAGAACGGCAGCCAGGUAGACUGGAGCUCCAGCACCAACACGGUUGGCAUAGUUUCCCUUGCGGAGGAAACGGUGGACACGACCGACAGGGAACUGAAGCCCUGCACGGCUUGAUCGGCUCUUGGCCUUGCUCUUAGAUUUAGCGCCCUUACCACGUCCAGACAUGAUGAUUUAGUUUAGUUGUUGUCGUCGUUGAGAACUGAAAACGAACUUAGCUUUUGAAACUGGCGCUCCGCUAUAUAUACCCCCACGGGUGAUCAAAAAGUACCAAAAAGCGAUCAAUAAGUUCGUUAACGUAGCCCCGCAAUGCUAUACCUUACCUGGCUGGGAUGUACACCGAAAUCGAUCAGGGCCACUGGAGAAGAACAAUAGAGAGAUCUAUUUGCAUAUUCCGCGCUUUUCAAUAAAAUAAACGUACUCCUUUCAAACGAGCCACUACAGGCCCCCCUUGGCUUCACCUUCUAUAAAGAAAAUGUGAAGCUCUGUAAAUACUCAGCUAAACUCUCAACGUUCAAUGAAGUAAACAGGCGCCACCAACAACAUCAAUGCUUCUUAAAAGUUCAAGUGACCAGAAGAGAGAGGAGCAACUGUAUUAAUUAAGAAUUCACCACAAUCGUGAUAAACGAGGAACAGAUACGGUGACCUUCCCAACAUGUUUAUCUAUAAUAAUGUUCAAAACCUAAGACAAUGACGCUCUUGAACAUAGUAUUACCAAAGCGAUUGAAAAUGGCGUAUUAUAUUAUGUUUCACAAUUUGAUUCCUUUUUAGCAUAUCUUAAUUAUUAUAAAAUGUAUUGAACAAAAACCCAACCAUCAUUUCAUUGCAUGGGAAGACAAAUAAUACUGUGUGUUUGGAACAAAUCUGAAAUCGGCACACAAUGACUUGAGAAUAUUAAUUAGUUGGGUAUCACUUUAUAAAGAUAAUUCGACCAAUCCAUGUUAAAUCAUGCAUUGCUCAGUGAAAUCAUAUUGCUACCAUGCAUGGAUUUUCUUACAUGGCUAUUAGGUAAAUUAUUACUUACAAUUGGGUUAUUCUUUUGGGUUCGUUUUCUUCAAAGUUGGCAAAAUAAUUGUUUGCAACUUCUAAUAAGCGGAUGGUUUAGGGUAGUAUAAAUUGCCAUAAGCACAUUAUCAAAUAACAGGGUAUUGAAGACCUCGCACAAUAAUUCAUCAGUUGGAAAUGAUAAAGUAGGAUAUUAUGCAUCGGUAUACAUGCACAUGUAUAUGGCUAGAUGUUGGAUUUAUGAGUUGAAAUUUGCAUAAAAAUAUAUUAAUGUAUGUAUAAUUCAUAAUAUUAAUAUAUUUUGAUUUUAUUUUUGAAAACACAUUUUUCCCAAGAGUCGGUAUCAAUGAUAAUCACUUAACGUUGGUAAAAGAAAAUUUACCAAAUAUCAAUAAUGAAAUCGAAAAACGGAAGUUUGGCACUGAAUACAGUAAUGCUUAAUUGAAAGCUGUAAGAAAUGACCGACCACUCGAUAAAAAUAAUAACUUUUGAUAAGCAUAUUAGUGUGGUACGCAACUUUAGGUUUGUUUCACAUUUCACGACAUUCUUUAUCCAGGGGGAAUACUUCAAAAGUAUAUAGUCAAACUUUGGUUUCUGCACUGAAAAUUUUCAUAUCAUCUGUAAGUACUGACCAAGGUUACGACAGCAGUGAAAAGAGUCUAUCACCCGCGAAGGUUCUCCCCAUUGAAUAUAUCGACCAGUCUUUCGUUCUACUGGAUCCUCUGUAUCUGUACUCGGGAUUGAGGUUGGCGCGAAGUUUACCGAUAUAAAGUAGCGUCGCCCAAGCGUAUCCGGUCUUGGGAGUUCGUAUAAAUAGGGGCGAUGUUCGUUGUAGCUUCAGUUGAUCUACUCGACACAAUCAAGUAAUCAUCAUGCCUGCCAAACAAACCAGCGGAAAGGGAGCAAAGAAGGCCGGUAAGGCCAAGGGACGCCCAAGUGGUGUCUCCAAGACCCGUCGCCGUAAGCGAAAGGAAAGCUACGGAAUCUACAUCUACAAGGUUCUGAAGCAGGUUCACCCCGACACUGGCAUCUCAAGCAAGGCUAUGUCCAUCAUGAACAGCUUCGUCAACGAUGUCUUCGAGCGUAUUGCCGGUGAGGCUUCCCGUCUUGCCCAGUACAACAAGAAGUCCACCAUCAGCAGCCGUGAGGUCCAGACCUCUGUUCGUCUCCUCCUCCCCGGUGAAUUGGCCAAGCACGCCGUCUCUGAGGGCACCAAGGCUGUCACCAAGUACACCACCUCCAAGUAAAUUGGUCUUUACCAUAUUUACUACAAACGGCUCUUUUCAGAGCCACCAUAUUUC